CCGGCGCCCAGGAUGCUGGGCCCCCGCGGCGUGACGCGAGCACGGCAACUCCGCCCCCUGCGUCUCUGGCCUCGCCGGCCUUGGGGGGAUGGUUCCAUCAUGGCGUCAAUGCAGAAACGACUGCAGAAAGAACUGUUGGCUUUGCAAAAUGACCCACCUCCUGGAAUGACUUUAAAUGAAAAGAGUGUUCAGAAUUCAAUUACACAGUGGAUUGUAGACAUGGAAGGUGCACCAGGUACCUUAUAUGAAGGGGAAAAAUUUCAACUUCUAUUUAAGUUUAGUAGUCGAUAUCCCUUUGACUCUCCUCAGGUCAUGUUUACUGGUGAAAAUAUUCCCGUUCAUCCUCAUGUUUAUAGCAAUGGUCAUAUCUGUUUAUCCAUUCUAACAGAAGACUGGUCCCCAGCGCUCUCAGUCCAAUCAGUUUGUCUUAGCAUUAUUAGUAUGCUUUCCAGCUGCAAAGAAAAGAGACGACCACCAGAUAAUUCUUUUUAUGUUCGAACAUGUAACAAGAAUCCAAAGAAAACAAAAUGGUGGUAUCAUGAUGAUACUUGUUGAUGCCACUGUUAUCAUCCUCCUAGCAGAAGAUAGUCCUACUGAGAAAAUGAGCACUUUGAUCAUUCAGUCUUUGAACUUUAACCUUUGACUGGAAGUGACCUAUAGGCAAUGAAGACUACUUCCUUUUACUGCAUUUUUACUCGUGUGCAUUCUGGGCGCAUGUUGAUCGCUGGUUCAGUCCAGGCAACUGACAUGCUUUUAUUAGUCAUACAGUAUUAAUGCAGGUGUCAGGAAAUGUCAAUAUAAUUCCAUUUUUUAUUUUUAUUUUUUUAAGCUUUUGGAAAAGUUCCAGGUCCUCAUGUAUUGUGCAAUAACAAUGACUUCCUUGGCGGUUUUGGGACGUUCAUUGCCGGCAAUGGACGUUAAACAGGAAAAAUUUUCAUUAACUCCUGCCACCCAAUAAUUAAUGCAUGAUAGGGCCUAUGAAAUGAACUUACUGGUUAUAAUGGGAUUAUAAAUAAAGUGAGGGAUCCAACAUUACUUUGAAAGUCACCCCAACUGUUUAUAUUUGGAUUCUAUGCACUGUGAUCCUAAGGUUUAACAGCAUGAAUUAACAUGCGUCUUUAAAGGACUGUAAUGAAAGAUCAUUGCGUAUUUAUUGAAUUGUUUAUAUCUGCUGUCAAAUUGUUUUGACAUGGAAGGUUUUCAAGUAACAUUGGCAGAGAGGUACAAUAUUGUUUAUCCCUAUGGUGAAAAUAAAUUCAUUUGUUGUAUAUAGUUCCUCAGUCUCUGGAGUAAAGGUAUGAGUAAAUCUAGGGUAUGAACGGUGAAUCAAGGCUUGAUCUUGGAAGUAAGAACAAUGGCAGUGAGGAUGAAACUGCUGCAGUCCUUAAUUGGGGCUUGUUUGUACAGUAACGAUUUUUCCAAGUAGAUUACACUCUGUUACUUCCUGCUAGCCAUCAGCAUGAGCCCUACUGCCUAAACACUAUUUCAUUUAUUUAUGUUUGAAAAAUCCGUAAAGAGUUUUCAUUUGAAAUUUUCUUUUGUUAUGUUUUAAGUCAAGUUUGAAUGUUACAGUACUUCAAUUGAAAAGCUUUUGUCAAGUUUUUUCUUGUAAUUUUUUCUUUACUUGUAAGUAUCAUUUGUCCUUUAAUCCUGUACCCUAAAAUAAGAAAUACAUUUUUGACAGAGGCUUAAUGUUUUAACAAAAGAGUGUGGACAUUUUUAUUUUAAAAUUUAGGCAAAAGUACACUCUAGAAUGGUAUGUUUGCUUAUUUGUCUCACAUAACCGUACAGUUUUUCCUGGAGGGAUUUGUUUUAUUUUGUUUUCUUGUUGUUGAAAAGACUUUGCUUACAGCUAGAUAAAAUUUUUCUAUAGAAAAAAAAUUGUUGAAACGUCCAAUUCUCAGUACCAUGUAAGUUAAUGAUAUUGCAACUAGGUUCUCUUUUUAAAAAGCAAUUAUGUAUUUUAUAAAUUACCUUUUCACAUAUGCAAAAAUCUGUUUCUACUACAAUGUUAUUUUUACUAAUGCCUGUUGUUGCACUCUUUUUGACAUAUCCUGCAGUGAAUAAAUAUAUGAAUCAAUUUGGGCUUAAAAAUAAAGGCCAAUUGGCUGAAAGGUUUGAAGUAUGUACCCCAGCAAAACAUCCAAUCAAUAAUUGGCAAGGAAUAUUUUCAAAAUUGUUUUUAAUCUCUGUAUAAUGACAUUUUGUAGCUUUGUACAUGUUGUUAAUUAAGGGCAUAUAAUUUUACACUCUAAAACUAAUUGCUGAACUCAGGGGUGGGUAGACUUCAAAAAUAUGUCUGCUGUAGAAAUAACUUGAAAAAAAAAUUAAAACUAUGGCCAGCCACCAAAUUGUGGAUACUGUUUAUACUAUAGCUAGCAACUACCACUUUUUAAAAUUAAACACAUUUUUUGUUCUUUCUUGACUAGAUACACAUAAGUUCUCAUAAUAGUCCUAUCAGUCUUAUCAUUUGGCCUGUUUAACUAAGACAGAAAAUGUUUUUUGGAAUGCUUUGAGCUACUCUUAAUUUUUAACUGCUUUUUAAUAUGAAAUCUGCAGUGGCAAAUUAUAUAUUUUUCAUAUUUUACACAACUGCUCCAAACUACUGAUAGACUUGAUCAUUUUCAGGGGUGGGGUAGGGGGAUCUUUCUCUGUAUAGCUGGUCCACUUACUAAAAUUCUUUUAUAAAGAAAUGACCUGUGACAUUUAGUCACCAAAGGAAUUAAUAUACCAGGUCAAAGAUUAACAGUGCUGUCCUGUAGAUUAAUAGGUCUUAUAUAGCCUCAAUUGAGUUUUUUAAAAUAAAAGAAGCAGUAUUUUAACAUACCUCUUUCUCUACAUAGAGAUACCAUAAAAUAAAACAAAGUAGAGGAAAGUAAAGGAAACCAAAUAAUUUCAGUACAUUUUAUGGUUUAAAGAGAAGAUAAGAUGAAAUACCCUAAAAUAUAGGAAUACCAACCAUUCAUAAUUUACAAUAAGAUAACACCUUAUUCAUUGCAGUACUCCCUUGAACUUAGGAAUUAUUGGAAACUCCUUUGCACUUAGAUUUAAUUAAGUUAAUUUUAAAUGUAAGUUACAUUAUUAAAAGACAUAAGACGUUUACCUGAGUCAUUGCUCUAGAGAGGGCAUUUAAUGGCUUUGUAAUAAUAAAAAGAAUAUUUCUCUGUAAUGUGUUGUUGAACAACAACCAGAAUACCAAGAAAAUGUACAUAGGAUUAUGCUACUUCCCUCUUUACUUGCUCCAUGGGGCACUAUCUGCUGCAUAGGCCUACAGAAUUAUACUUUCAUAUUUAGACAGUAUGUACUCUCUAUUUAUUUAUUUAUUUAUUUAUUUUAAGGCCAUUCUUCUGGUUUGCCAAAUUCUAUUAAGACAGUGAUACAUUCAUUUCCUUAUUUUGCAUGCUUAGAUCAUGAACUUGGUGCCCUUUCAAAAAAAUAUAUUAUGUGAAGUAGGUAUUAAUGCCAUAGGUUUUAAAGAAAGAAAUGGUUUUCAGUUUUUUUAAGAUAAAUUUUUUUAAAUAAAUUUUAUGGCUGUUCUCUUAAGGAAUUUAAUAUUCACCUCUAAAGGACUUAACUUAUAGUGGAUGAAUUCCUCCUUUUAGCUAGCAGGGAAAUAAAGCUUUUUUUAAUCCCCAAAAGAAAAUGCUAAAAAUUAGCUUUUAUAUACAGUUCAUCGGGAGAAAGAUCUUAAUCCUUAUUGUUUUGACUAGGUAUAUAAAUAUUUGCUAUAAAGUAACUAGGAUAGUUUUAUUAGUUUUUCCCUUCUGAAAUUUUAAAUAUAUGCAAAUAUAUAUCAUUAGAUUCCUGUGGCAAAUAAUAAUUUCUUCAGAUUCUAAAACAGGUAUCUAGUGACUGCUUAAUUAUUUCCAGAUUGCAUCAAAGAUGAAUUGACAAAUAAUGGAAAUGAGUAGUGAUGUGCAAAUGGUAUGUAACCACAUAUUACUUGUUUCUGGUAAUCAAGUCUUAUUUUUUAAAAAGCCUAUUGUUUUUGAGAAUUGAGAUAUUUAAAACUUGUUAAAGCUUCUUCCUAAAAAUAGAUGAGAAGAGGAGGUACUGUGUGUUCAGAAGUUUUUUAAAUAAAGAAUUCAGUGUCACUA